UCAAAACAAAACAACAGCUCAAAAUCCAGACAACAACUUUUAAAUUUCGUCGGUUUCUAAAGCUAAAGUUUAUGUUUUUCGGUGUGAAUUAAGUGUGACAGGGGCAAAGCUAACAACAAAUUAGUUGCCAAGUGUAUUCAGACUAAAUAACGUGUAAAAACCAAACCAGCAACUCAACAAGUGGCUUUUAGGCCAAUGUUCGUCGGCGUUUAAGAGUUUGUUUAUGUUUUUCGAUGUGAAUUAAGUGUAUUAUAAGGCAAUAUAACAAAAUAACAAAUGCCAACUGCAUCAAGUGUCGUUUUUUAAUCAGCCUGAUUACCUAGGCCAAAGUUUGGUCAACGCUGCCAAAAAGGAGAUAAGCUAAAAACCAAAUCAAAGCAUCCACUUCUAUCUUUAAAGAGGAAUUCGUAGAAAAGCAACACAAAGCAUCGGCCCAGGGGCCAGGCUGGAAACCACAAGCACCAAAAACGAGACAGGACACAGCCGGAAGGCAGGGGAGGGGCAGGGGCACAAUAGACAAAGUGUAUCAAUUAUAAUACGGGUACAGUAGCAGGACCCCAACAUCAAGAGGAACCAGAACCCAAAGAGCAGGACGCACCCGAACACAAAGGAGGAGUUGGAAUAAGGUGGAGCAGCCAGGAGGAGGAUCAAGAGGAACUUCCACACACACACACACACACACAUAGAUAUAUAUACACAGAUAUGUCGGCAACGACAAGUACAACCACAAUUACCUCAGAUCCGGGCAUCCUCUGUUUUCAUCAUUGCAACGCAAAAGUUUUCUGCUUCACUUUGCCCCACACUUGUCCCCAUUGCAAUGCGCCACUGGAUGCAGAUGCGGAUGCAGAUGUGAAUGAGGAUGCCCCAUCCGCACUGGACAAGGGUGCCACAGCUGGACCUCAGUCGACAGCCACUGCCGCCCGCCUCCUGCCCUUCCGUCUGCCGUAUCCCUUUGUGCGGGCCACACAGCACCCUUGCGCCAUUGUCCUGCGUCCCUCCACUGGCGAUUUUCUCAACGAUUACAGCAAUGCGACCGAUUUGCAUAUCGCAGUGACCACAUCCGGCGGCGACAUCGUGGAGUUCGAUCGGGACGGACUGCGGCGGCAUCGGCGGGACGAUAAUCCGCGCGAAUGGUGGCAGAGUCUCCUGGUGGGUGAUGUGCCCGAGCCCUGGCACGACUACUGGGACGAGAUGCUGCAGCAGAUUUGCGCACAAUCCAUGCGGUGGUCCAUGGCCAGCUACGAGGAGACCAGCCACAACUGCUAUGCCUUUGUCCUGGCCUUCCUCCAGGCCCUGGGCCAUGGCCAGUUGAGCGAAGCGGCCCACAGCAAGACUGCCUUCUGUGAGAAGUACAUUGUGCCCCGCACGACGACGGCGGGCAAGUACAUCUCACUCUAUCGCAGGCUGCGUCGCAACGGAGUCCAUGUGCAUCGACAGCAGCCGAAGCUUAGGACUAAGCUGAGGUCCUCCUCAUCAUCAGCGAAUGUCUGUGAUGGUGCGAGAAGCACCGGCAAAGUUUCACCAAAUGGCUUUUCCAGCAACAGUAUUGGCAUUAUCGGUUCACGGCCUCGUCCAAAGCUUUGCACCAUCGAAGAGUGAUCGAUGCAACGGACUCCCAAAUGGGAGUGGCAUUGGUUCAGGAAAGUAACUUAACUUACGCUCAAAGUCACAUGAGAUGAAGUCUCUGAGAAAUUAUAGAUUUGGGUCCUACUGGCAGUCGAAGUGGGAACCUCACACACCCUAUACCCAUAUCUAAAGAGGAU